UCCUUGCCUCGCGCUACCUUCCGCCCUCACUCCUUUGCACAUCGCCGAUGGACGACUUUAUCCCAUUCCACCUUGCCACCGUGAACCCUGCUCGCUCGGGCGCAACCACGACUGCAGAUCCGCCUCGGAACGAGGACGGCGCGAACCAUGCCGCGCACGGAGGCUGCAUAAUAUCAUGACAGCGGAGGCAGCGCCCGCUAUAUCAUUAUGGGUAUCCACGCCCUAUUUAUGCUCAUGUCAUAUCCUGCCUGCGGUGAGUGUCCUGCAUGUCCGGGGUCCGGGCUUUGCUGAUGUCUUCAGGCUCGGAUAUCAUCACUUACACUCUCUAUCUGCCUUUUAACUUCAAUCCAAUCAUAAGCCUGAGAAAGGCACUGUAUACAUAAUUUGACCACCAAUCUACGGCGAGAGCCAGUAUGAUAGAUACUUCCAUAAAUAAAUUAUACAAGCCAAACACGCACACGAUUUUUUCUGAACGGAUAGUUGCGCUGGUCAUACUUACAAGAAUUCAUCAUCACUUUUUGAAGGA